AUGAGCUUAUGACGUCAUGGCGAAUGGGGGGCGUGUGAAGAUGGCGGCGCUCGCGAUGAGAGUCAGUCCAGGUACUUUCGCUUUUGCUCGGGUUCACCGACCCGCUCUGCGCUCCGCUGCUGCAGCAGCAAUACUCAGAUCCGUCAGUGUGUCUGCCACACAGUCAUUCUCAUUCCCAGAGAGGGUGAAGAUUGUAGAGGUUGGACCUCGAGAUGGACUUCAGAAUGAGAAGACCAUCGUUCCCACUGAGGUAAAGAUCCAUCUGAUUGAUAUGCUCUCAGAAGCAGGACUUCCUGUCAUUGAGGCCACAAGUUUUGUUUCACCUAAAUGGGUCCCUCAGAUGGCUGAUCAAGAGGAAGUGAUGCGUGGCCUCCACAAGAAACCUGGUGUGAACUACCCCGUUCUGACCCCUAAUCUGAAAGGAUUCCAGGCUGCUGUGAAGGCUGGUGCAAAAGAGGUAGCAAUAUUUGGUGCUGCAUCAGAGCUCUUCAGUAAGAAGAACAUAAACUGUUCAGUGGAUGAGAGUCUUGUGCGCUUUGAGGAGGUGAUGAGAGCAGCCAAACAAGAGGGAGUUCCUGUGAGAGGCUAUGUGUCAUGUGUGCUGGGUUGUCCAUAUGAAGGGAAGGUGUCACCAAACAGAGUGGCAGAGGUUGCUAAGCGACUGUAUUCCAUGGGCUGCUAUGAGAUUUCACUUGGCGAUACUAUCGGAGUGGGCACUCCGGGUGGCAUGACGGAGAUGUUGGAUGCUGUGAAGAAAGAGGUUCCCGUGGAGGUUUUAGCAGUUCACUGUCAUGACACUUACGGACAAGCACUUGCUAACAUACUUGUAGCAUUACAGAAUGGGGUAAGUGUCGUGGACUCAUCUGUUGCAGGGCUCGGCGGCUGCCCUUAUGCCCAGGGGGCUUCUGGGAAUGUUGCAACUGAAGAUGUGGUCUAUAUGCUGCAUGGGCUGGGAAUCCAUACUGGAGUGGACCUGCCCAAACUGUUGGACGCUGGCUCAUUCAUCUGUCAUUCACUCAACAGAAGGACAAAUUCAAAAGUAGCUCAGGCCUCCUGCAAGCUCUGAAGUCUUCUUUCUCUUUAUAGUGAUUAUGGUCCCUGGUAUGAUGACAUUACUCUUUUGCAGGUCACACUACGUUACCUCUAAGUUUGCAGUGAAAUCUCUUAAUUUAUAGCAUCUUUUAAAUAAAUAUCCCUAAACACAGUGGAGCUGGACAUUGGGGAUGAGCGCAUCCGUUCUCUACUGUGAAUGUGUGAAUGAGGCUAGUGAUGAAAAGGGCAUUUGUGAGCUCAUAUCACCCAAUAUUCACAACCAGACGGACCUAAACUGUUCUCUUGUGCCUUGAUUUCUGAUGACAUUGCCUACAGGCAAUAAAUGCUAGAACGGGACAGAAUUUGACUUUGAAACAUAUUAUGAAUCAUAUCUAAAUGCAAAUGUCUUGCUGGUUAGUUUGUAUCACAUUACUAAUCUUAAUUAGAGAUUAUUUGUUUAUUAAUGUAUCAUAGAAUUAGAAGUCACAAAUGGUUUUAUAUCUGAUUUCCCCAUACUUGUGUCCGUGAGUGCUUUGACUAAUUUUGAGAAGGAAAUAUCUGUCAUUACCAGACAAAUGCAUUUCUACACUGGUAUUCAUAACAAACCCAUUAUAAUGAAAAGGCUCUCACGGAACUUCAGAUACUAAAAUAACACACCAUUAUCAUUGCUGAUUAAUUUUGUUUCUUUCCAGGAAAAACAUUAAUAAUUUGAGUGCUUUCUCUGUGCUAAAGAAAAUCCCUUUUCAUUUCCUUUAAUUUAUUGUAAAGACAUGUCUUGUGGGUUUAUUCCAGCCUAUUGUUUCUCUUUGUGUUGAUAACUGACAUUAUUGAAUGAUUUUUUUAUUUAAUAAGAGAUUGUUACUUUCACACUUCACACUUUUUUAUUUAAUAAAAUUAUUAAAUAAAUGAUUUUAAUGAUUAAAAACAAGAUGAU